AUGUGCUCACUGCUGGUUGCAGUCACAGCUAGCUCCUCCAAGCCAGUGCAGCUGGCAGGCAGCGCGCAUCCUUCCUUUUGUCCCUUCUUGCAGCUCCAGGCUGUGACCCUCACUGAGACCCUUCAGAUCCCUACAAUUUGGCUUGAUGUGGUGCUCUUCUGUCACUCCUGUAUUUCUACAACUUUAAAGAAUAAUGCAGGAACAUGCCCUUACUGCCAGGUUUAUCUGUCUUCUGAAGGAAUUCCAGCUACUGAUAUUGCCAAGAAGAUGAAGAGCAUAUACCGAAAUUGCUCAGAAUGCGAAACACAGGUAUGUCUGAGUGACAUUAGAGUUCAUUUAAGAACUUCUGAACAAUAUAUAAAAACAUAUGGACCUCUACAGGAGCCUGGAGAUGCAGUAACAAAAUAUUCUUGUCCUUUUUGCGAGUGCAAAGUAGAUGAGGAUGAUCUAAUGGACCAUUGUCUCACCUACCACAGAUCAGAAAGGAGAGCAGUGUUUUGUCCAAUUUGUCGUUUAACACCUGAGAGAGAUCCAAGCUAUUGCAGCAGAAAAUUUAUAAGGCAUCUUCAGCUAAGACAUACAUUCUAUUAUGAAGACUACAUAGUGAACAUAAACGCUGUUGAAGAAGUUCUUGUUGAAAAAGUUCUAGACAGGUCAUUCUUAGGAUACAUGAAUGUAAAUUAUCCAAACAGCAUGUAA